GCUUUCAUUAUGACACAUCAGUUUUGCAAUGACUGCUCAGCUUUAGAAAUCCAGGCAAACUUUAGCUGAAACUGCUUCAAAUAAUGAGGCCAUGGUCGCUUGUUAUCCUGGAAAUGGAACUGGGUACGUUCGUCAUGUGGACAAUCCGAAUGGUGACGGGCGCUGCAUCACCUGUAUUUAUUACCUGAAUAAGAACUGGGACUCCAAGCUGCAUGGUGGAAUUCUUCGGAUAUUCCCAGAAGGCAAGUCCUACGUAGCAGACGUUGAGCCAAUUUUUGACAGAUUACUCUUUUUUUGGUCAGACCGAAGGAAUCCACACGAAGUCCAGCCUUCUUAUGCAACCAGAUAUGCCAUGACUGUGUGGUAUUUUGAUGCUGAAGAAAGAGCUGAAGCCAAAAAAAAGUUCAGGAACUUGACUGAUGCACGGAAGAGAGAAGCAGCUCUUAAUGAAGACUAAUCAACUGUUUCUGAACUCUUUAUGCACAAUAAGAUCCCAAAGAUGACUUCCAUUUCCAGUGAACCGUGGCACAUUCUUGUCAAGCACAAGAGUACACCGGUUGUAUGUGUCUAGCAUGUGCAUCUUUCCUUGAUGGUACUUAAGGCAGCCUCCUGUCAUGUCUGCAUAUGGCAGAAGGAACCCUUGUUUUCUCUUUGCCUUUUGCUGGAAAAAAAACACCCAGGCCUUUAACUUAAAAAAAAAAAAAAAAAAGAGA